UCCAGCAGCCGUGAACAUUCUUCACCUCUUAAAAGGAACAGCCAGCAUUUCUGAUCAUUUAAACACCCGUUGUGUCUAAGAUCCAAACAAGAAGGUGAGGAUGUACCGGCUACAGCGAGCAGUCCGGCACCAGGGACAGAGUUUGUUCCGGGUUUGUGGCGCACGAAGUUUGGCAGCCCUCAAAACAACCGUCACCCAAACACAGAGCACCAGGGCGGAAGAGAGCGGUGUAUACGACACAGCCGCUCGGCCGUUUGAGGAGAUCCCUGGGCCCAAGGGUCUUCCGUUCAUUGGAACGGGGUGGGACUAUUCUCCUUUUGGUCGAUUUCCAAUCAAAACAAACUUCCGGGACUCCUUCAGGGAGAGAACGAGGACUUACGGCAGUAUCUACCGGGAGAGGAUCGGUCCACUUGACCUGGUGGUCAUCAGCGAUCCCAAGGAGAUCGGGAAGGUUUUCCGUAAUGAAGGGAAAUAUCCGGAGCGCCCUCCGAUGGGGAGCAUUAAAACCUACCGGGAAGUGAGGAAGCUGCCAACUGGAAUAGCAAACCUAAACGGUCCGGAGUGGCAGCGCGUGCGCAGCUCGGUUCAGAAGGACCUCAUGCGGCCCAAGACUGUCGGUGCGUACGCCUCCCUGCAGGAUGACGUCACCAGGGACUUGGUUGACGUCAUCAGGGCUCUGAUAGGAAGGGAAGAGAGCGGAGGUCAAGUUCAAAACUUCACCAACUACGUGUACAGAUGGGCGCUAGAGGCGAUCAGCGUGGUUGUGCUGGACAAGCGGCUGGGGUGCCUGACCUUGGGUGACCUUGAACCUGGUUCUGACGCAAAACUGAUGAUUGACGGGGUCAAUGACUUCUUCGAUGCGUUCGUGAAACUGGAGAUGUCAGCAACUGGCCUCUACAAGUACAUCAGCACACCGACGUGGAGGAAGUUCGCAAAGGCAGUCGACCAGUUUCAUAGCGUUGCUGAAAAGUUGCUGAAGGAAAAGCUGGCUAAAACUACAACCGAAGAUGGGAAACCCGCCGAGUCCGACACGGACUUCCUCCAGAGCCUCCUGUCCAGGAAUGACGUCACCUUCGAGGAGGCCAUGGAGAUGGCGGUGGAUCUGUUGUCUGCAGGGAUUGACACGACAGGGAACACCCUGAUGUUCAAUCUCUUCUGCCUGGCGAAAAACCCGGAAGCCCAGGAGAAACUUUAUCGAGAGAUCCAGGAGGUGGUCCCAGCCGGGCAGCCCAUAGAUGAUAAGGUGCUGAACAGGAUGCACUACCUGCGGGCAGUGAGGCAAGAAACUUUCAGGAUUUAUCCGACUGCCCUGAGCAACAUGAGAACAUUGGACCGAGACAUGGUGUUGUCUGGGUAUGCCGUCCCUGCCAAGACGAUCGUCUUAAUGGCUCACGACGUCAUCAGCUCGCUUCCGGAAUACUAUCCUGAACCGGAAGUCUACAGACCGGAAAGAUGGCUCCGUGAUGACGAGUCGAGUGGAGUCCAACCGUUCACCCUGCUGCCGUUCGGCUACGGACCGAGGAUGUGCAUCGGCCGGCGUUUUGCAGAACAAGAACUGCAUCUUGGAUUGAUCAGGAUUGUCCAAAACUUCCACGUCGGAUGGGCAGGAGAAGACAUGAAACAAGUGCACAGGCUGAUACUAUCUCCGGACAGGGACACCUUCGUCUUCUCUGAAAGAACUUAGAGAUAGCUUUUCCUGAGAACUUUAUUACUUAAAAACUUUGAUACUUUAUUGAGCCCAUUAGCCAUCAUACAUUAGUUUGUAGGUAGCUAAAUCUUCCUGGACUUCAAGACGUUAAAACAGAAUAAACAAACUACAUACAAUUUUAUUUAUUUUUAUGCAUUUACGGAGAUUGUACUCAUUUUACAAAACACCUAUCUAAGGCAGGUUAGAUAAAGACAGUGUAUAGAAAUAUGCUCUGUGAGAUUAAUGUAAGAUAAGAUAUACUAAUAGAAACAUCAUAAACUGUAAGUUUCAGAACAAAGGUAUUUGCUGAACAGAAGCUUGAGAGGGAUCGGGGUAAGUAAGGGAUCUUAUCUUUAUCUUCAUCUAAACGUUUAUACUCGACUUUUUUGGUUGGUCAUAUACGACAUUAUAGCAACGUGUCUGCUGUCAUUUGUUUCUUGUGGAGCUCUGACAAAGUCGAAUGUGCAAGUUGUGCAUUUAGGCUUCGAUUGAUUAGAUUUAAGCAAGUAAUUAUGGAAGGAAUCUACUAUUUUCAAACAUGACGGUUACAUGUGAAUAGCUUUUGCCAACUCAUCGGGGUAAGUAAGGAACGUUAUCUUCAUGUAAAAAUUUAUACUCUUUUUCGGUUAUGUAAGGCAUUAUAGCAACUUUUUUGUAGCUGAGCUGUGACAAAGUCGAAUGUACAAGGCUUUGAUCAAUUCAGUUUAAUAAAGAAGGAAUUUGCUAUUUCAAAAUAUGGCGGUUACAUGUUAGUAGCUUUUGCUAAUACAAAUUAACUUCCUCUCUGAUUGAAAUAGUUAAAGUGUCGCAUCAUACAUUUCAUCUUUUUUAAACACAUAUCAACAAUAUGUCAUAAUACUGCACACAGAUGUGCAGAAUACAAUGUAUACAUUGAUUAGACAUCUUUGCUUGCAAAGAAUUCUGCCAAAAGCUGUACGUGUGCUACAGAUUUUCGUUACUAUUCUUAACAGCUUUAUAUAUGUUAUUGGCGUUAAGCAUGUCGAUCCGUAGAUAUAUUGAUAUAUAUUUUAAUACAUAUUGACGACAAGCAACUGUCAUUUUGAUUCUAUGGUUGGUUGGUUAUAUAUAAGGUACAUCUAAAGGUU